AUGAUGAUGACGGCCGUCGGAAUUGUACUGUACUUCAUACUCAGUGAACCCAUUACGAUGGAGGAGCGAAAAUAUUGGCCUGAAUGGAGCGCUGUGCCGUCGUUCAUGAGCGUGGUGCUCUUGGCCAUUCAGGGUAUGAAAACAGUGUUGCCAAUCGAGAACCAGAUGAAACACCCGGAACACUUUCUCGGAUGGUUCGGAGUCAACAGUGCAACGAUAGCCUUCACGAUGGUUGUCGUCGGUCUCACCGGAUUUUUCGGCUACGCCCAAUAUGGUCCCGACACUGCGAGUGUGAUAACGCUAAAUUUACCGACUGAUAGCCAAUUAGCGGAAGCAACUCGUCUACUGGCAGCACUUGCCGUUAUGCUCUCACUGGGAUUAACUUAUUACGUUCCUAUGGAAAUCAUCUGGAAGCGAGUUCAGCAUAAAAUUCCUUCAAAGCGAGUAAACUUAUUCCAGAUAAGCUUUCGGGUAAUUUUACUCCUACUGAUGGCAGGAAUCGCUAGUGGAGCACCGGAAAUAGAACCCUUCGCGGGUUUGAUGGGAUCCAUUGGCUGUGGAACUUUGGUGGUCCUUUUCCCAAACGUUUAUUACGGGCGGGAACUGCUCCCACGGUACAAGACGGUAGAGGGGUUUCCAAGACUGGUACGAACGACGAUCCGAAGCACGGUGGCCACGAGCACGGUGACUUGGCUAGAAGACGAGUCCUAG